AAAAUCUGUCAUACAUUACCACAAACACGUAGAGGAAGAGAGACAUAGGUAGAUGGGUUCUUCCAAGCUCGGGAGCUCACUUCUGGUGCCUAGUGUUCAGGAGUUGGCCAAAUCCAACAACGCUCGAGCCGCUGUUCCUCCAAGAUACAUAAGGGAAAGGGAGGAGCUCGUGACUAGAUCUGCGAGUGAUGAUAUAAAAAAUGGCGGAUCGGUUAUUAAUGCUGCUGUUGGCGACGAUGAGGUGCCUGUGAUCGAUAUGGAGAAGCUGCUUUCGCCUGAUUCCAUGGCCUCUGAGCUCUCCAAGCUCCACUUCGCUUCCACCCACUGGGGUUUCUUCCAGUUGAUCAACCAUGGAGUCAGCAGUGCCCUUCUGGAGAAAGUGAAGGCAGAGGUGGAGCAGUUCUUCAACCUCACCAUGGAAGAGAAGCAAAAGUUCUGGCAGAGAGAAGGAGAAGUAGAAGGCUUCGGCCAAGCAUUCGUGGUGUCCGAUGAACAGAAGCUGGAUUGGGCUGACCUCUUCUUCCUCGUCACUCAGCCGCCAAGUGAGAGGAAACCCCACUUGUUCCCAAACCUUCCCCUGCCUCUAAGGGACACAUUGGAGGCUUAUUCAAUGGGGCUGAAGAAAACAGCAAUGGAGAUCUUGGUCCAUAUGGCCAGAGCACUAGACAUGGAAGAGAAUGAAAUGAGGGAGCUUUUCGACGAUGGCCACCAAUCCAUGAGAAUGAACUAUUAUCCACCAUGCCCUCAGCCCAAUCAAGUCAUUGGGCUCACUCCACACUCCGACGCCACGGGCCUGACCAUCCUUCUCCAGCUCAACCAAGUCGAAGGCCUCCAAAUCAGGAAAAACGGCAAUUGGGUUUCCGUCAAGCCCCUCCCCGACGCCUUUGUCAUCAACAUUGGAGACAUUGUCGAGAUUGUAACGAACGGGGCUUAUAGAAGCAUUGAGCAUCGGGCAACUGUGAAUUCAGAGAAAGAAAGGCUCUCCAUCGCAACAUUUUAUGGGCCAAGCUAUGAGAAAGAGAUAGGCCCUGCCAAAAGCUUGGUGACUGAUGAGAAUCCACCAAGGUUCAAGAAAAUACUAGUGGAAGAUUUCUUCAAAGGCGUCUUUGCCAGGGAGCUCAAUGGGAAAUCCUACAUUCAUUCUUUGAGGAUUUAGACAUAUACAACAUUGUAUGCAUGUGAACGAUAUGAUCAUGGGAGUUGAGUUGGAGGGUUAAAAGAUAACUAAGAACAAGUAUAUACGAUAUUUGUUAUGGAUAUACAUAUCGAGUUGUCACUCAUCAAUAAAUUAAACUGCUUUGU